AUGUGUACAGAUGGUGGCUGUUUGGCCUCAGAGCUGUCUUUCCUGCUGGAGCCAAGUGAUGUGAUCGCGGUAAGGGAACGCCCGCUCAUGCUGGACUGUCGGGUGCAGGGUGAAGAACCCAUCAUGGUUACAUGGCGUAAAAAUGGGGUGCCUUUGCCCACCAGCCCGCGGGUCCAGGUGCUGGCGAAUGGCACGCUGGUCAUCCAGAACUUCCAGAAACGCAAAGAAGGGAGCGACGCGGAUAUGGGCGAGUACGACUGCGCUGCCCAAAACCGCUAUGGCAUGCUGGUCAGCCGCAAGGCCAAAGUCCUUUUGGCAUCUCUUCCAAAGUUCCACACCCACCCAUUGUCCAUGACUGUGGAUGAGGGAAGUGUAGCUCGCUUCCAGUGUCAGAUCAACGGAGUACCUGAGGCCAAAAUCACCUGGGAGAAAGACAGAGUACCACUCAACAACACCGACAACAGAUACACUCUCCUGCCAAUGGGUAUUCUCCAGGUGACAGGCGUUAAGCGGGCGGAUGCAGGGGUUUUCCGCUGUGUUGCCACCAACCCUGCCAACACUCGCUACAGCCAUGAGGCCAUGCUCAACAUCACUGGUGGAGCACUAAGAAUCUACAAGGAGCCGGCCAUACUGUCAGGACCCCAGAAUCUGACCAUUACUGUCCAUCAGACGGCCAUCCUGGAGUGCAUCGCCACAGGAAACCCAAGGCCAAUUGUUUCCUGGAGCAGACUAGACGGACGCUCCAUUGGGGUGGAGGGUAUCCAGGUUCUGGGGACGGGGAACCUGAUGAUCUCAGAUGUUUCCCUGCAGCACUCUGGUGUGUAUGUGUGUGCAGCCAAUCGGCCCGGUACCAGAAUGAGACGUACUGCACACGGACGACUCGUGGUACAAGCUCCUCCUGAGUUCCUGCAGUGGCCGCAGUCUGUUUCCAAACCAGCGGGGGGCAGUGCUGUGUUCACCUGUGUGGCCCAGGGUGUCCCCGAGCCUCACCUCAUCUGGCUGAAGAAUGGCAAGGUCCUGAUGCCCGGACACAACGUCAAGCUGACCAAUAACAACAGCACUCUGGCUCUGACCCGCAUCAGCUCAGAGGACGAGGCCAUAUACCAGUGCAUUGCUGAGAACAGUGCAGGUACCAACCAAGCCAGCGCCCGUCUAGCCGUGGGCCAGGCUAAAGACCUGCCCGUCGCCCCCCAGGGCCUCAAAGCCAUCGGGCUGUCCACCAUUGCCCUGCAGAUCACAUGGAACCAGCCACCCGCCAACGUCACCGACAGCAUCAUUGGAUACGUCCUGCACAUCCGCAAGUUAGGAGAGCCUGACAGUCUGGAGCUGCAGGAAGCCAUCAGUAAAGAUACCUUUGAGCAUGAUGUGACCAACCUGGAACCAGCCACCACCUACUCCCUCUACUUGAAGGCCUACUCUCCUCUGGGAGCCAGCCAGAAGUCCUACACUGUGGUGACUACAACACUAGGGGGUGUGCCGACCCCUCCCACCUUCUUCACCAAGGUGCUAAACUCCAGCGCCGUGCAGGUCCUCUGGGAGCUCCCCAGCAAGGCUGGCAAGGCUGAGGGCUUCAGGCUGUCCUACCGCAGGGUCCCUCACACUGACUUUGAGAAGCCAAUCCAGUUGUUCUGUCUUGUGAAUGCUCACACCAUCUCUAAACUGGAAUCGGGUGCGGUGUAUGAAGUCAAACUGGUGGCCUACAAUGGAAACGGGGAGAGUGACUGCUCCAAGAGACUGGUAUCGCUGGCAGAGGAAGGCAUGGGGGAUCAAACCAGUGGAGGGAACAGUCUGUGUCAGUGCAGGGAUGGAGAGGCCUCUCUUGGCAGCAUUGUAAUUGGCAUCCAUAUUGGCACCGCCUGCAUCAUCUUCUGUGUUCUCUUCCUCAUGUUUGGAUACCGUCGCAGUCUGUUUUGCAGUAAAGGGACUCAGGACAGCUGGUCUGUACCGAGGGACAACACAGGACACAAUGGCAUUCCUAAAGAUGGAGCGAACCAGCCCAGAGUGGAGUCAGGACCUCAGGGGAUCUGUUCGGCGCAGUACCAGGUUGUCAUUGAGCAGCACUUGUCAGGUUUGCCUGGCACAGACACUGGCUAACACUGGUCAAUAACAUCAACACCCACAUCCCUGUCUUCCCCUCCACACGUCUGCUACUCACCCACGCCUCCCAUCAAUGAGCACCUUCCGUGCCCUUUGAUAGGGGUCAGCUAUAGGUUUAGUCCCUCUAAAACAUGCUGCUAAUAGCCUGAAAGUAGCCUCCACAAAACUGUGACUGAAUACUUAUUUCCUGGUCCUUUUGCAACCCAACCCCCAUCAUCCUACCUCAAACCAAAGCGUAUUGCCUUUAUUGCCUGUGCACAUGCUCAUGUGCAUGUAGAAAAAGCCUUCCAAAAGCAUUGCCAUUGCAGUUGAGGUCCUGUCACAUUAUUGUUCUGUGUAUACCACAAACACAUGUGACUUUUCCAGUGGGAGUCUGAUCCAUAACCAAAAUAUUUUAUUCCUCAGAGCUCCUCUGGUAAGCUGACAUGUGAACGUGUGCACUAUGGUCUUAAAACCACAAAUUAAGCCAUUUUUAGUUUGUUGUGACAGAACUCUUGACUUUGCCUUCAGGUCCUUUGCAAUAAGAAAGGGAAGAAACACAGUGGCCUUUGCAAAUGCCUUAUGAAGGAGAAAGUCGGAUUAGAAAUGAUUGUCUAUCACCAUACAAGCCAUUUAGAGGAACCAUUUUAACAGGUAUUCUUUAGUCAACUCUUCCUCACCCAAAAGUCCCAAAGAAAGCUACCUUGUUAUGAAAGAAUGCCUGAGCCAUAGUUAAGGCCACUUUUAGCCUGAUUAUGCUGCUUGUGCUAGCCUACCUCACCCAAUACAUGCUGAACCCCUCCCCCUACAACAACUACUUCCCCAACCAAUGCCAGUGUACUGUGCCAGUUGCCAACCAGGCCAGUCCAGAGAGUGCUCACCAGGAUGACUACCAGGGAGAGCAUAACUGUGGCAGAGCCUGAAUUCCACUGUCCCAAGCCUUACUGUACCAGAGAUCGAUAAGAGCCUUAACAACCUCCCAUUCAAACCAGGUCCCUUUUUGUUUCGACAUGUCUAGUUUUUUGACUGUUGAAAUCUUCAACUUUUCUGAUCUGACAUCAGAAGACAUCAAGGAGGUCAUGCAGUGUUGCCUAUGGCUUUCAAAUACCCACAGGUGUCCAUCUCCAAAGACACAUUUGUGCAGAGAAUGUACAGUAUCUCAUGGAAAUAUGGACCUCAAAGAGUGCUUGGUGAACAUUUAAGCCAUACAUUGGAUUUUUUUUCUCCAUGAAGUACAUCAAAGAAAACAAGUUCAAACCACCCGGAUGCUUGUUCGAUCUGCACAAACCUGAUGGCACAGCAAUGAUAAGCCAAAAAAUUCCUGUUUGAGGCCACACUGCCAAGUUAACUCUCUAGAUGCCAAAUGUGUUACCUGGGGCCUCGAUGACACUGAGUUGGCGGGCAAAGAAGUUUUAAUGUGAUACUUGCCUGAAUGCACGGAUAAGGCUUGUGCUUCACCGUGUCAGCCUAUCCAAAAAGUUCUUCUAUGAAAACCAAGCUUAAUGAUACCCAAAGAUGUAAACAUUUUUGAUGGUUUUCUUUAUUUUCCUUUGAGAAUUAUUUUAAGAGAGACUACAUUUACUCAAAGUUUUUAAUUGUUCCUGUUUGAAAGGGGGCAUCUGUGUGUCAAGUGCUGUAACAGAACCCAAGCCAAAAAAAUUCUCAUGAUUUCAUUAUCGUUUUUUCAAAUAAUUUCUUUUACUUCAUUUAGUUUGGUCAUUCCAGAUGCACCCCUUUAACAUGGAACUUUUUAUUUUGUUGAUCCUAACAUUUUACUUUUAAAGAGUAACCAAAUGAAGAUGUUAGAUAUUUUGAAAGACUAUAUGUCAAUACUAUAAGAAAUACUUGCUUUCUUUUUGUAAAGUAGUUGAAUUCUUGACAGAUAUUUAGCUAAAGAAAUAUGUAACCAAAUACCUCUACAUUUUAAACAUUCAGAGUCUUUACCUUUACACUUGCUCAUAACCAAAACACAGCAACAUGCUUGUGAAUGUGAUAGUAUACAUGUGUGUGAAUGGCCAACAUUAGGAGAACCUUGAGGGCAGCAGCUUUGAGAAGAAACCUCAAAUUUAAAUUCCAAACGUUCCUUUUUAUCCAUGUUGUUUUUUUAACAUAGCUCCCCAAAGAAUACAACUAAAUUUAAAGUCCAGCUGAAAUUGAAUUCCACGUUUCCCUUUGAAAAGAAAAUCAGUCUCCAAAAACAAUAGAGAAUGUAUCUCCAAAUACCCUUUUUUCUUCCUCUCAAUGGAAAAUCAUACCAAUACAAUUUUAAAAAUCACUUUGACAUGUUUUUGGACUUUAAAGCUCCAGUGUGUGUUGUUCAUUCUCAAAAUCGCCGUUGCUCGUUCGCAAGCUUGUCCUUUUUCACGAUGGCUUGAAAUUUAAUUUAAUUUCCAAUUGCAUGAACUGGGGUAGAUGCUCCAUAUUCAUGC